AUGUGGCAUGAUGACUAUUUUCUACAAUUCAAUUGUACAUUUACUCAAUCGAAUUUACUUGAUGAAACUACUACAGUUUCAGAUAAUCCAUCGACUCAUGAUUCAAAAAUGAAGAAAAAAGAACAAUCACCAUCUCAACCAGUUCACGUGUCCAAGGAUAAGCAAAUUCAACAACAACCAGUUGCUCAACGAAUUGAUAUUCUUGAACAAUGUUUACGUGAUAUGGACAAGUAUGAAGAACAGUUAAUAGCUUUUUGUGGUUUGUGGGAAGAUUAUCCUUAUCAUCGUUAUCGCAUGAAAUUUUGUAUUGAAAUGGGUCAAUUAGUUGGUUAUUCCAACACUAAUGAUAGUAAAGCAUUAGCAAGUUAUGAUGGUCGUAUAAUAAAUAUGAUUAUUGUACAUCCAAAAGAAACAGGUCGUCCAUUAGAUCAUUAUCGAGGUUGUCUUGGUUGGAACCAGAAAUAUAUUAGAUGGGAAAAAGAAGAUUCAUCUCGUGAAAGUGGUUGGCGUUCAACUCGACGAUGGAUUAAAAUUGAAUAA